AAUAUGAAGGACAAAUUAAGAGUAGUCUGGCACUCCAGAAAAACAGUAUGUUAAAAGAUGAUGGGAAAGAUAAUGUUAACCAACUGAUGCCGGCAGAGGCAAGACAAGCAGGAGUUAACACCAGGACAGACAUGUCAAGAGGACUGUAUCACACGGCAGCCAUCUUUAUGGGCCGCCAAAUGUCAGCUGUCUCAAGCGCUGAAGAUUUCGGUGUGCUGCAGAAAUCUUCCCGGCUCACAAAGAGCUUUUCAAUUUCUGACCUGCCUGCACACAGACAGCCAUCGCAGAGAAGCGACGUGACAGACAGCUGUGUACUACAAACUAAUAGUGAUCUCCAGCCCUCAAAUCAGUCUGACAAAACACACGGGAAGACGUAUCUGCCAGCGGGCGCCAAAAUGUCAGUCACAUCCGCUGUCUCAUCUGAGGAGGGGGAAACGUGCCGCGUAGCAGUCGAACGCCAGGCAAAUAAUUGUGGUCGUAAUUUAGCGGAAAGUGGAACAUCUCCUGAAGUUAACUCCCCGUUGCAUGGAAGAUUAUUUCCAGAGAACAAAAGUGAUGGUUUCUGCAGAUCUGUAGAAGGAACGCUGACACAUAAGCACUCUGCGGUAAAUGAACAGCAAUCUGAAAGGCCAAUCUCGCGGCCGUUUUACCCUGAGCAAGCCGUUUCUGGAAAUGGAUGCUCGAGAGAGAAAGUCUCAG